UGUCUCGCUAAGUGUGUGUGUGUGUAUAUUUAUGUGAAUGUGAACAUUGUACAUGAAAAUUUGUUUGAAAGUGCUUUAAUACAAAAACCCAUUAAUAUUGCUUAUAUUAACUAAUGUUGCUACAUAUCUUCCAUGGAAAAAAGAUAAGGCAAAUAUGCAAGUGCUCUUGACGCCCGAAGACAACCAGAUUAAAUAACAGUUUUGCGAGCACUGUGAAUUUGUGCAGUUUUUAAGAGCAGCGGCGUCAACAGUUUUAGACGCCGUCGAAUUGCCGAUAUCAAUUGCUUAUUUACAAUAAAUCGAUAGGUUUGCGUAAGCGCAGCCAACUUAACAGAAAAAUGUAGCUGCGAAGAAGUAGAAAAAUCGUAUAUGAAGGAGUAAAAGUUGAAAAUAAACAUAAAUACAUAAAAAGCCUCGCAAAGAAAGUUUUUCCCAAGUUUAUAUCAUAAAGACGAGGUUUGCGAACUUACUGGACGUCUAUAUAGACUGACAUACACACACAUUCAAAGUUGCAUCAGCAUGCCUAAUUCCGGCGACUGCAGUGAUGCAGAGAUGAAUCAGCCGUCUUGCAGCAGGAGGACUGUACAGAGUAAUGAUCGUGAGAAGAGGAAUCGUCGAAUAAUCAUGCGAAUUGAAUUUAACGAUUCGGACGACACGGACGCGGAUGAUUCGCGUUCGGUAUCAAGUAAUGACAAUGCUGCCCCUGCCCUUGCCACUACUUCGUUGAGUGUGGGUAUUGACCUUGGUACGCGGGUGCCAGGCUCGUCGGGUUUACAAACCUGUCAGAGUCACCGAUCUAAUCGAAAACAACUUCCCCAUGCCGUUAGCAACGCUAACACAAAUGGAGCGGCAAAUAUGUCGGUUCUCCAGCUUAAAAGACGCGGUGAUGCAAGCCAACUUUAUUCAGCCAAUGAUCCUGACAGCGGUAGUGAGAUCGAUGAACAAAUUAGAAGAAAGCGGGUGCGUGGAAAGAAACGAAAAAAAUUAAUCAUUUCCGAGGAUGAGAAUGAGAAUGAAACGGCUGCGGCCAAUAACAUUAUCAGAACUGAUGUUCAAGCGGAUCUGGAUGGCGGUUUUAGCUCUGAUGGAAGUAAUAGCAGCAACGAACUUCUGGAUAAAUGCCCAAUUUGCCUGUUGACGUUCCGCCAACAGGAGAUCGGCAGACCUAUUACGUGCGAGCACAUGUUUUGUGCAGCCUGUAUUGAGGCAUGGGCUAAAAAUGUUCAAACUUGUCCCAUUGAUCGACUCGCGUUCGACAGAAUCAUAGUACUUGAUAGUUGUCAGCGACGCAACAUUGUUCGCGAUGUUCGAGUAGACCUGACCAAGUCAAAAAAAGAACUAGUGUUAGACGACGAGGAGUACGCGACUGGUAUUGUGGCCAUUGAUGAUGAUGAUAUUACCAAUUGUGAAAUAUGCAAUCGGCCGGACCGCGAAGAAAUAAUGCUGCUAUGCGAUAGCUGUAACCAAGGUUACCACAUGGACUGCUUAGAUCCGCCUCUGUAUGAAAUACCUGCAGGUUCCUGGUACUGUGACAACUGCAUUGACUCAAGCGAAGAGGCUGAAGACGAAGAUUUAGAACUUGCUGAGGACUUACACACUCUGUACGAAGAUAUUCGUGGAAUGGGAUUGCCAGAAACGCGUUUACGUGUACGUCAAAUCCAACAGCCUCGUAUUUUACGCACUCGUCAAAACGAACGAAUACGGGCCGCAGUCUUGCGCCACACCCAGACGAGAUCCUUGAGCCAGGCUGUAGCGGAAGGGCAGCUGGAAACCACAACAAUGACACAAGCAACAAAUCGACGCAAUGAGAAUGGCGCAACAACGCGAACCACACGCACCACAACAACAAGACGAAACGCCACAUCGCGACGACGACGUAACCGGCGUACGCAUCAUCGCACAUACGUAGUAGAGUAUGAUAUUAAUAAUUUUGAUGAAAAGUUCGCAGUAAGAACUAGCAAGAAGGUCAUACGGCGUAGAAGAAGACGGAGAGUAACCCGAAAAAUCAGAUCCAAAUGCGCUCGAAGCUUAGAUGACAGCGCCCGAAUGUCGGCCAGCAAACGAUUAGCGGAACAACUUGGCGUCAAAAUGGACGCAGUGCGUGGGUCGCAUAUAAGUGGUGGCAGCGCUUCUAGUUUCUCAUUAUUUGGCAAUCCUAACAAUUUGGAGUAUUUUUCGGAUAGCGAUGAAAUACGCGACGAUGUUGGAGGAGAUAUUAAUAUUGGGAACUCAGCUUCAACUGCAGUUCAAACGUCAGUUCGCACUUCUUGCAUUGGAGCGCCGCGCAAUCGCAAAGCGCUUCUCCUCGGCAAAGCGAGAAUAGGUACCUCAACACGCAAUUUGGCUGCUGCUACGGCCAGUGAUAUAUUAUCCAGUAUAAUGGAACUGCAAGAUCGUUGGCAUAAGGCAUCGCGAAAUCUGAGCGAAGUCCAUAUUAAUGCCGAUGGCAGCCUGAAUUUACCUGAGCGAGCGAUAGCAACGGCUAUGAACAAACCAUCGAAAAUAACUGAUUUAAAGAAGCCUUCAGAACAUAUCACUAAAAUGCCCCUUUAUCAACGUGGCGGUGCUGGACCCAACCUAGGUCAAGGUGGUACUGGAAACUAUAACAAUCGCUAUAGCGGUAACAACUCUCGUGGCGGUGGUGGCGGCAGCGGAGGAGGCAGUGCAGCUGCUGCUAAUCAGUACCAACAACAUUCAACUGGCGAUAGUAUGGCGAAUAGCAGUGAUAAUUUGUCGGCAGAAUCUAGUUUUGGCAAUCAAACUUUUAAUAGCAACAACAAUCCUAACAGCAACAACAAUACUGUGCCCAAUACAAACUUUACGCCAUUCAACAUACGUUAUAAUUCACCUAAUCAACAGCAGCGCAACCAAAAUAUGCAGCAAUCGCGCCAAUCGUCAUACGCGUCCAGCGGCAUUCGUAUGCCCUUAACGCCAUCUGUCUCCCCAUCCACCAGUUUUGCACACAUAACUCCUCAGCAGCAACAGCGACCACUUUUCAGCGGCCUGCCCGCACCCGUUCUCGGCUCACGCAUAUCAAUGCCACCGGUUUUGACUGUACCACCACCACCGGCACCGCCGCCUAGCUUGUCGUGGAACAGCUCGUUGUUCAAACUUAGCACAGAUUAUGGGAAGCAAAUUGAUACUAAAAAAGAUGGUGACGACGAUGAUGAAAAUUGUCCGAAUUUCUCCAUUUACUCACAGGAAUCACAGGCGGUAGCUACAGAACUCUUCGCGCAACCGCAAAAACCAGCAAAGAACUCAGACGAGGAUGACGACGAAAUGAAUGAAGAUUUAGUACAAUUAGAUGAUGAUGAUGAUAUACCAUUGCCGCCAGAGCCUCAAACCGAUACGGUCGUCAAUGUUAAGGAUGAUCGCAAUGCCGGUAGCGAUCUUUAUGAACCGGAAAACCCGACAGAAGAGCAAGAUGAGGACGAUAAAGAGAUUGUUAGAAAGCCUAUGCAAUGCGGUGAUAGCAACGUGGAAGAAUGCAAUGACAAAGUGGAAAGUAGCAAAUUGAAUUGUGAUCGAAGCGCAUCGGCUACACCAGCUAGCAAAGAACCUGAAGAGGAUGAUGAAACGAAAGCGCGGAGUACUCCUAGCCCCAUAAUCAAGGAUGGCCGUUCUGUAGACAGAGGUAAAGGUGUUUUGGAACUGUACGAUGACAGUGAUUGGGAAGAGUUAGAGAUUGAUAAACCGAAAGAAUAUGAGAAGGCGCUCAUUGAGAAAACUGUCGAGGAUAAUCCCGCUGUUGGUAAUAACGAAACCACGGAAGGCGAUGUAUCAGCGAAGACUGUAAGCAGCGAAUCUGACCAAGAUCGAUCCUAUACGCCAUGUUUGGAUGAGAAAAAUAUGGAGGAGGAUGCGACGGUCGGACACCAAAACGAUAAAUCAGAUCCUUCAUGUGAAGCCAAAAAAAGCGAUUUCAAAAAGUGUAAAGAUGCCGAUGACAGUGAGGAGCGCGUGGCUGGUAUGAGUACCGAACUUAUAUCCGAGGACGAAGAAUUGACAAAUGAAAAUGAAUCAAAGCGACGCAGUCGCAGUAGUAGUCGCCAUCGUAAUGAAGGGGAGACCAAAGUUGGUAAAUCUAAGCACAGUUCUAAACGUAGAAAGGAAGCUUCUGAGACGUUUAAAAAAGUGGGCAAACGGCGAAAAGACCGCAAUUACCGAGGCGAUAAACAGCAGCAACAGGACCGAAGUCGUUCCCAUCGUUCUCACUCGAAGACUCCACGUUCUGUCACACGCAGCUGCAGUAAUCGAAGUCCCGAUCGCAGCCGCAGUCGUAGUCUAACUAGAUCCCCACGCGGUCGUAGACGUAAUAGUCGCUCCAAGUCCUAUUCCCGAUCAAGAUCGAACUCACAUAGUCCACAUGGCGGACGUCAACGAGCUACUUUCAGGGGUCGCGAAUGUGUUCGAGGAUUUGGUCGGGGACGUGGUGGAUUGCGGUUUAAUUUUCGAAACCAGCAAUUCCAGCAUAGACACUACCAGCAGCAGCAUAAUCAACAUCAAUACCCUCACCAGUACCACCAACAUCAUCAGCAGUAUCAGUCUCAAAGUCAAUACCAUAUGCAGCCACAUUUUCAGCGACAAAAAAGACGCGAACUGCCACGCUACGAUGUCCGCAACGUCGUUAGCACGUCGCGUCAUCACCAAAAGGAUCGUUAUGGCCGAGACGCAACUCGAUCUGCUAGGAGUCGAUCUGUUAGUUAUGAACGGCGACAGCGUUCGCGUAGCUAUUCACGUAGCUCCAGGCGUACCCCUACACGUUCAACGUCCCCGAAACGCUUUCGCAGUUUUAGCAUUUCGCCAACUCCGCCACCAGGUGUUACCAGGCAUGAGCAUGAACAAGGAAUACGUCGCAGAUCAGUGUCAUCGGGUGGUAGACGAUUCGAGCAUUCACCGUCGAAUUCACAACCACUUCAACCAGCACAUCGUAACAGCCCGCUGCAGCGAAGUAACAGCACAAUAUCUGUAAGAUCACGAUCAAAUUCGCCAGCGCGAAUGAAUGGCAGCCGCAACAUGCAGGGAGCAAAGAAUUCGCCUGGCUAUUCACCACGGUAUACACCACGGCUAAGUCGUAGUGCUUCAAAAAGUCCACGAAAAAAGAAGAAAAAGAAGAGUGAUAAGAAGAAGAAAGGCAAGAAGCGUCCUUCAAGUAACAGUCCAGUGUCUCGGCAGCGACGUAUUUCGCGGCAACGUGACCCUUUUGAUGAUGCUGAUGAUUUCCUCGCACCUCAGUUGGGUAAAAAGUCCAAAAAAUCAUCAGCGGGCAUAGGAGCGAUGCAUUGGUCACCGUCCCCCACACCCAGUCUUUCUGCGGAACAUUCACAUUCGCAUUUUAUCCACGAGAGUGCAACUGGAACUGGUGGCGAAAAGCCUGCGUCGUGGACGCCGCCCCUGACAUCUCCUCAAGCGCCCGUUACGCACUACACUGAAAAUCCUCAUCGCAGCUUGACGCCAAUAAUAGGGAAAAAAGUAAAACCCAAGCGAGACAAAAGCAAGAAGAAGAAAAAGCCAUUAGACAAGCAGCGCAAGGACAAAAAGCGAAAACGCCACACUAUGACGCCUGAACCGUUGCCCUCAAAGGAGGUUUUUGCAUCAGGCAACAAUAUUCUUGUCAGCGUCAGUUUCAACAAGGAGGUAAACAAUGCACUAGUAGGGUCGGGACAACAGCAGACUGUAGUAACAUUGCCACCGACUAGGGAUGAGUUCCUUGGAGGGCGGCGCACCUCCACAGACCGGCUAACUAACAGUAGCGGGGUAGCAAUUAAGAAAGCUAAACGCAAGCGAAAAAAGCUAGAAGCAAAGCCUGUAGCGAUUAUUGAUCUGGAACGCUCACCAUUUCAAGUGCAUCAAGAGCCGGCUGAUGUUAUUGUGCUGACCGAUAGCGAAGAUGCAAAUGAUAAUCAGCUCUUGAUGAGACGCGAAAGGCGACGUAACAGUGUCGCAUCCGCUACGGAUCAUGUGAUGAUGAGAGAGAAUGGACAGCGCGAAAAAACGCCACCGACCAAUUGUUUGGAAACGAUUUUGGAGGCUUCAUAUGAAAAUCUAACACAAACUACCGGUCCUAAAACGCCACCGGAGCCACAUCUUGUGAAGUUCAAUUUACCCGCCAAAAAACAACACAAAGUGCGUAAUAAUCCGCUGCACGAUGAUGCAGACGAUAUACACUCUGCAGACGAUCUAGAAACAGUGUGUUCUCUGCGGGGUGCUAUUGACGGAGAGCCGCAGCAGCCACAUGCUAAUGACGGGCUCAUUUCAGCGCAAAAGAUAGGACCAAACACACCACCGGAAUCGGGACCUUGUUCCCCGGAUGCUUAUGAUCCUUUUGAGCCGACAAAAUCACCCUCUUUAUCACCGCGUUCUCCAACACCAACUCCUGCCCAGAAUCUAGAACCAAUGACUUUACAGACUUCCACUGGCGUUAGCAGUAGUGCUUGCGGUGGUGUGGAAAAAAUUGAUGCACUUACGUGCACCCAAAAACACAACAGCCACAGCGACGAUCUGGUCGACGUUAAGACAGGUACUCCGACUUUGUCAAGCACUAGCAACACAACGACCCAAGUAAAUACGAGUGUGAGCAUUAAUCCAGUAGAGCUGGUCAUGGCACUCAUGAGUAAGCCUAGUAACACCAUUCAACAAGACCUGGCCAAUAAAUCCUGCGAAGUCUCGUCGGCAUCGUAUCUCAACAGCACUACAAUGAGCACAGCGUUGGCGGUGCCAGGUGCUGAGGAUAAUCUUGCUGAUAAAACAAUAACGGUUUUGUCGAACGUCCUACUAACAAGUAGUAGUGUUGUGUCCGCGCCACAACACAUACCUGUUAUAUCUAGUCCGCCGACUACGCUGGUAAGAAAGUUAGGCACCAUGCCCAAGACUGGCGGCAGUGUGGCCAGCAGCAGCAGUGGUAUAGUUAAUCUGCCCUCGGGUAGUGGAGCAAUGCGUAACGGCAACACCGGUGUUAGUAGUAUGGCCACUGUGCUGGACGACUCUUUCAAUAUGGAAAUUGAAAGCCCAUAUUCUCCUGGUUCGGCAGACUACGAGGAUUUGUUUGAGCCCCCGCCAGAUGGCGGUAACGCAAUUGGUUCAAUUAGACGUUCAAAAAGCAGCGGGGUGCCUGCUGCUGGUAAAGCAGAGAUGUUUGACAAUCUCUUUGGAAGCAGUUCCCCUGCGGGUCAACAAAGGAUGUCAUCGCGGUACAAUGCCUCAACUGGAAGGAAACAGCAACGUGCAAAUAACAAAAACGAACGCAAAACGAAAGUCAAAGGUAGCAAAUUGGUCGACGAGCACGCGAAGCUCUAUGAUGAUGUGCCCAAUUCAGCAGUGGAUUUACAAGUCAAGGAUAGGUUUAUACGUAAGCUAAACCGCCAGGAACGAGUUGUCGAGGAAGUGAAGCUGGUACUGAAACCACAUUUCAAUAAAAAAGUGAUAACGAAGGACGAUUACAAGGAUAUUAUGCGACGCGCUGUACCCAAAAUUUGUCACAGUCGCUCUGGUGAAAUUAAUCCCCACAAAAUAAAAAAUUUAAUUGAUGCCUAUGUAAGGAAAUUCCGCGCUAAACACAAGAAGUUAGGUCUGCUAAAUACGGGACAAGUAAGCAGUGCCGUCAAAUGUGCCGCAUAUUUAAAGAAGCUAUAAGCGAACGUAGGGAUAGUGGGCGGUGCAGUUAUCACUCCCUGUCACCUGUAGAUCGUCGCUGCCGUAUCAAAAACGAUGGGAGAUUGUAAGAUUACUAGCAAAUGUGUGUUACUACAAUAUACUUACUAUGCUAAAGAUUUCAUUAAUUGCCUUGGCGUUUCUGCCGACAUACGAAUUGGUGGACUAGUAAUAUAAUAAACUCGUUCCGAUUUGCUAACACUGCUCAUACUGCGGCCAAUAGAGCUUGCAAGCGUUUCACCGAACACGGAAUAGCCGCUACGACGGGCACGACCUACGAGUUCUGCAGAGGACUUGGAUGUUACACCGGCAACGUAUAGAGGUGUCUUCAUCUAAGCAGAGUUUUUAUAAGAAAAAUUAAAGAUUUAUAGGCAUUAGUAUUUA